GCGCCAAAGUCGAUCGUGAAAGCAGAAUGAGGAAGGUGGUGGUGUGUGCGACGGUGAUCGGAGCCGCGACGGCGUGCGCCGUGGGUGCGGUGGCGGUGCAGAGCUACGUGAGGAAAUGCCGGCGGUGGGGAAGAGCCAUGGAAAUAUUGCAGGAAUUGGAGGAGAAGUGUGCGACGCCGACGUGGAAGCUGAAGCGUAUUGCGGAUGCCAUGAACGUGGAGAUGCACGCUGGCCUUGCUUCCGAAGGUGGUAGCAAGCUCAAGAUGCUCAUCACCUACGUUGAUAAGCUCCCAACUGGGAAUGAGGAAGGACUAUACUAUGCCUUGGAUCUUGGAGGGACUAAUUUUCGGGUGUUACGUGUGCAAUUGGGAGGCAAGGAAGGAGGUAUCGUUUGUCAAGAAUUUACUGAGGUGUCAAUUCCUCCUAAUUUGAUGGUUGGGACAUCAACUGAACUCUUUGACUAUAUUGCAGCAGAACUUGGAAAAUUUGUUUCCGAAGAGAGUGAAGAUUUUAAAGUUCCUCCAGGUAGACAGAGAGAGAUAGGUUUUACCUUUUCCUUUCCUGUCAUGCAAACGUUAAUUGCUUCUGGGAACCUUAUCAAGUGGACAAAAGGCUUCAACAUAGAGGACGCUGUUGGUAAAGAUGUUGUGGAAGAAUUAAUGAAAGCCAUUCGGGAACGAGGUCUUGAUAUGCGUGUAAAUGCUCUGGUCAAUGAUACGGUUGGAACAUUAGCAGGAGGUCGAUAUACACACAAAAACGCCAUUGCUGCUAUUAUUUUAGGAACUGGAACAAAUGCUGCAUAUGUAGAGCGUGUUCAAGCAAUACCAAAAUGGCAUGGUCCUUUGCCAGAUUCUGGAGAGAUGGUUAUCAACAUGGAGUGGGGAAACUUUAGGUCAUCACACCUUCCAUUAACUGAGUAUGAUCAUUCUUUGGAUGCUGAGAGUUUAAACCCUGGUGAACAGAUUUUUGAGAAGAUAAUUUCUGGCAUGUACUUGGGAGAAAUUGUUCGUAAAGUAAUAUGCAAAAUGGCCGAAGAAGCUUUACUUUUUGGUGACAAUGUUCCCCCAAAACUAAAAGUUCCGUUCAUAUUCAGGACACCAGACAUGUCUGCAAUGCAUCAUGAUUCCUCUGCUGAUCUCAAUGUAGUUGGAAGCAAACUGAAGAACAUUUUCGAGAUAUCUGAUACCUCCUUAGAAGUGAGGAAGGUGGUGGUGGAGAUCUGCAAUAUCAUUGCGACCCGUGGUUCUCGUCUUGCUGCUGCUGGGAUAUUAGGUAUCUUGAAGAAGAUGGGAAAAGACAGUGUGAGUGAUGUUAAGGGUGAGAAGAAUGUGAUAGCCAUGGAUGGAGGAUUGUAUGAGCACUACACUGAGUAUAGCAAGUGCCUAGAGAAUACCCUUAAAGAGUUGGUUGGAGAUGAUGCCUCAGAAAGCAUCAUCAUUGAGCUUUCCAAAGAUGGUUCAGGAAUUGGAGCUGCCUUACUUGCAGCCUCUCUGUCGACCCAAUAA